AUGGAGGCCCCGAGCUCUCAGGAUGAUCCCUAUCAGGACAAGGUGAUGAAAGGCAGCCGAGAUAUCCGAUGGGCUCCCGCCCAGCUGAAAAGCAUGAGGGAAAGGUUCCUAGUGCAACUCCCAGCUAGAGACCUGCCGCAGUUACACAACCCACGGUGUGCACAGAAGUUCCUCACUGGACCCAUCGGGCACCCCCGGAUAUGCACAAAUGCACACUUUCCCAGGCUGCUCAAACGCCUGGUGCACAGGCGAGGAGGGCAGCUGUGGGGGCGGCUGGGCCUGUCUGGGCAGGGCUGGGACUGCCCCUCCUCCCCCUUGCAGCUCCUCCCGCUGACCCUGCAUUCUUAUCGGGGGCCUUUGUGCCAUGCCCACUGUUACUCCUCUCGGGUAACCUGCGAGGACCUGGAAAGCGACAGUCCCUUGGCCCCGGGACCCUCUUCCAAGCUCCUGCAGCCGGACGUGUCACACCAUUACGAAUCGUGGUUCCGGCCGACACGCCCAGGCACCGAGGAGGGCUCGUGGUGGGACCUUCAUCCGGGUACCAGCUGGAUGGACCUCCCCCACACUCAGGGCGCGCUGACCUCACCUGGCCACCCCGGGGCGCUUCAGGCUGGCUUGGGGGGCUACGUCGGAGACCACCAGCUUUGUGCCCAGCCGCCCCACCCACACCCGCACCCGCACCACCUCCUCCCAGCCGCCGGAGGGCAGCACCUCCUCGGGCCUCCCGACGGGGCGAAGGCCUUGGAAGCAGCCGCCCCGGAAUCCCAGGGGCUGGAUACCAGUCUGGAUGGGGCGGCCCGGCCCAAAGGCUCCCGGCGGUCAGCGCCCCGCAGCUCAGGCCAGACCGUGUGCCGCUGCCCCAACUGCCUGGAGGCGGAGCGACUGGGGGCUCCGUGCGGGCCCGAUGGGGGCAAGAAGAAGCAUUUGCACAAUUGCCACAUCCCGGGCUGUGGGAAAGCCUACGCCAAGACAUCGCACCUGAAGGCACACUUGCGCUGGCACAGCGGCGACCGCCCCUUCGUGUGCAACUGGCUCUUCUGCGGCAAGCGCUUCACGCGCUCCGACGAGCUGCAGCGCCGCCUCCAGACCCACACCGGCACCAAGAAGUUCCCCUGCGCAGUCUGCAGCCGAGUCUUCAUGCGCAGCGACCACCUGGCCAAACACAUGAAAACCCACGAGGGCGCCAAAGAGGAGGCUGCCGGGGCGGCGGCGGGAGAGGGCAAGGCCGGCGGAGCGGAGCCCCCCGGGGGCAAAGGCAAGCGCGAGGCCGAGGGCAGCGCGGCUCCCUGCAGCUGA